AUCAGACUGUCACACUGAAAAUUUGCAUCUGUUGAAUUAAAACAUUUAACGAUUUCAAAUCUUAAACGAAACGUCCCAACAGUAAAACAUAGAAUAAAAAUAUAAUGUGUAAUGCCCGGCUCAUACAAGAGUUGGAUACAUUUCCGUUUACGAUAGUGUUGCUAAGCAACGACUGAACAUUGCAACUGUUCGCGCUGAAAACAAGCUUCUCCGUUGGACUUUCUAUUUAUCUUUUAAUAGCAUCCCUUUUUUCCGUCUCAGUGAACGAUAGAACUCAAAUGUUACUUUUUCAUACGUUCUAUAGACCAACGUGAGAAUUGAAGACGGAUAGGCCUCACGUUACCUAAUUUCUUCAUGCGUUUCUGCAAGCAAAGACCUUUCACCACAGUUAUCAAUCUCCACUAACUUUUUGCAGAUCGAUACGAAAUGGCAUCGGGCUAUGGAUCACUUGCCACAGAGGCCAUUGUGCUGCUCGAUAAGUUCAGCGCUGGCAGGCAGUGUUUGGAUGACUUCAUGGAAGAUGCUUCAAAGGAUCUGCAGAUCAUGGAUACGACGCAUAAGAAGUUCAUACUUGAUGUCGUUUGCGGAUGCAUUGAGAACAAAGCGUUAUUGGACGUAGUCAUCAAUGUCUUCUAUGGUCAGAACGGGAAGCGCGUAUCCAUAGGUGACCGCAGCCAAUUUGUCAUCAUCUGUUACCUCGCCACGUUUUCUUUGGAUGACCUUGGACUUAAGCGUUUUAGCACCAUCAUCAGAUCUCUGGACAUCAAGAAGAUGCACACAUUCCUGACUUUCUUCUUCACAAAUCUCACAACGUGGAUACAAGAUGAGUGGAAUACUAUUUACGAUGCUUUCUAUGUGGAAGAACACUUGAUUUCCCCUUUACAAAGAUGGCGCCCUGAGAUCGAUAUUCUCAUGGACCAGCUUGCUGUCAAAAUAUCUCUCGGGAAUCAGGUCAAGAAAUCCCCCAUCAAAACCACUAAGCCUCAGGAGUUCUCUCUCACCAAGUUCCCUCACACCAGACCUCGGCCGCUGCCUCUACCUGAGCUCAUUCCGCUGCAGGGAAAAUCAAAACCAGUUCCAAAAAGUACAUACAUGUCUCCGAAAGAGAUGCAGAUGAUGGAGGAGAUCAAACAAAAGAACCACCAAAAGACUGAGGAACUUCUCUCUCAAGCAAACACGAAGCAGUUCAGAUGUGUGAACCCAGAGAAAUCUGAAACCACCAAGAGCACGAUGGCUCAGAUUAAAGAGGACUUGGAAUCAAAACUCAAGUUUAAUUCAUUUCAUUCCUCUGGACUACCCUCCAGUAAUAAGAAUAACAUGUGGCCCAUCAAGCUCAACAAUGCAGCCAUCUUGAGGCAGGGAGCGCUAUAUGAGCGUGAGGUGGAGGAGGAACUGCAAAGAAUGGAUCGUCUGGUGGAGGGGGCACGGGACCCCUCGUCUUUCCUCCAGUGGCAGAAGGAGAUGCGUGACAAGGACCUUCAGGAGGAGCUGGCCAAUAUUGAGCGUAGACGUCUGGAGGGACGCAUCAGUUACGAGGAGGCAGCUAUGGCCCGCACACGCCUAAUAGAACGCAACCAGAAGACUGCUCAGCUGAAGAAAGAAGAGACAGCUGCGCUGAUGAGGAGAUACGCAGAGAAAAGACUGCGGGAGGAAAAAGAAAUGAGAGACUUGGUGCAACAAGUGGCAGAGGGACACAAGAACUCAAAGGUGGCAAAAGAGAAGUUACAGAAAUUCAAGCAGAGCAUAGUGAAAGAAGUGGCGGAGCAAAGACGAGAGCUCCUUCGACAAGCACUGGAAGAAGCACAAGCAGAGCUCAGCAGGAAGUUCGAAGUGAUCCGAGAAAUCCACGCCCUAGAAUCUCUCGCUCCUUUGAGAGUCAGGAACUUUGACUACACAGAGUCUGCGGGCCACGAGCUGCUGGGAGAGAUGUCCCUGGUGGAGCUGAAGGAGCGUCUGGCCCUCCUGAAGGAGGCGCAGCAAGCAGAGCAGCAUGAGAAGCGUGAGCUCAUCCUGGAGGAGAAGGAGAACAAGAAGCGACUGCUGCUGGAGAAGCUGGACAACAUCAACGUUCACACCAGGGCGCUGGCGCAGGCGGCCGCCAGUAGGAAAGAGGAGAGAAAGGCCAGGCUGGCUUUUCGCCAGGCGAUGAUACAGGAUGACACCGUUUUGGCUCUGCAGAAGAAGCUCGAGGAGAAACAACUAGAGCGCCAAAGACUGAAAGCAAGAAGGCCUAAAACAGGCAGCAGCACGUAGGGGCACACACACACACCAAAGUGAGUAUGGAAUCCAAAAUAAAGAGGAACUGACUCUAAUUCAGUAAGUUGUAAGCAUUGUCUGAUUUUGUGAGUCAUUUUUCUUGCU